GCGUUCUCUCAUUGGGUGGCGUGAAUUCCGGCUUCGAAGAGCGAUCGGAGCAAUGCUCCCGGAAGUUCAAUUGAAGCUGUUUUAUAAUCGCGGAGAUGGUGAGGUUUAAGAACAGAUACUUCCUCUGUGAGAUUAUCUCUGAAGACUCACGGUUUCAGCAAUGCAUUGAUGAACGAGCUGUGCACAAUACAGUAAAAAAUGUUGUUGCAAGAAUGCAUGGAGACUUUGGACUGGCAUGCUGUUCCAUUGCUUUUUCAGUGAAGUAUCUCAAUGCCUACACGGGGAUAGUACUUUUGUGUUGCCGGAAAGACUUUCAUCGACUUCUUUGGUCAUCUCUACCUUUUAUAACAUACUUGGAGAGCAGGAACCAACGAUACCCAUGUUCCUUUAACACACUGCAUGUUGGAGCUACAAUAAGAAGAUGUCAGAAAUUCCUAAUUCACUACAACAGGAAACAGCUACUGGUGUUGCUGCGGAACUGCACCAGUGAAGCAGACAGACAGGCUAUCCAGAAGUCAGUGGCGAGCUGUACGUUUGUGGAAGAGGAACACUUUCAGGAUGAAGAAAGUGAUGACAGCGCGCAGAUGGCGUGAAAUGACUUGGGUUCUUUUAAAGCACACACCUGGACUCAGUAGAUCACACUGUCUCCUUCCACUCCACUCCCUUUUUAAAUUAAAGGAUUUAUGAACAAAUGACAACCCAGUUUAUAGCGUACCUGUCCUAAAAGGAGGGGGGGAUGUAAGUAUCUUAACCAGCAUCUUUUUAAAAUCAUGCCACAGCGUAUACCCCAUUCUGUUUUCUUCUCAGAGCAGCAGUUCCAUAAUCAGCGUUAAGUUGUUUCAAAAGCACUUGAUGAGCAACACGAUCCUUGCAAUCAUGAAAGAGAAGGGAAAUUACACUGCCUGUAAUGUAGUUCUUUUCAUCAUCUCCAUUUAGCUCAAAUUAACUGAAAAAGCAUUUCACCAUUACUAAAAGAGGCUUGGAGUCUCCUGGGAAAAAUAUUCUGUCUCUAAGAGGAAGUCAGAAUGAAAUGUGACUUAACUGGAUAUGGGCAAUCAUCUUUGAGGCCUUGUGGAGGCACAGAGGACUACUUUUGCUGACUGGCGGACGGAACUGACAAGGCCCCUGAGGACAAAUCACACAAGGUCAAGUUAGAACCGAAAGGGCUUGCCUGUAAUAAUAGCUUGGGGAAGGGGAUACUCUUGGUAGCUUAAAAGUUGCUGCAAAGUUCAGCUAAAUACUGAUCCAGUGGAGUAUGAACUGAUAUUACUGUUGAAUAAUACUGUUGAAUAAAUAAUGAGAGAAUUGGUCUGAUGCUUUUAAAUGGUAGAAGGUGAUACAAUUCCUAUAGCCUUAAUUGCUACACAGUUGAGUCUUCCUACAUUACUUUUCUCCCAUUAUUUGGUUGCCUGCAUGUAAAUGACAUUUUUAGAUUUAACUGAUCAGUAGUUAGGAAUAACUCAGUGUUUUGUCUAUGAAAAUAAAGGCAAUGAAGAAUUCUGGAGAAUUUGAAAA